AUGGAGAAAGAGACCAAGGAAAUACCCAUGAUGGCGUCGGUAACGUCUCAAGUGCUGCUGGUGGUUGAUGAACCCCACAAGCACCAACAAGUUGAUGGUGCCGAUAAGGCUUUGGAGCUUAUCGACGGAGAAACACUCGACUUUUCUCCCGAGGAGGAAAAGAAAGUUUUGCGGAAAAUCGACAUGUUUGUGCUCCCAUGGUUAUUUUCCAUGUAUUUUUUCCAGUUUUUGGACAAACAAACCUUGACGUAUACGGCAAUCAUGGGGUUGAAAGAAGAUUGCAAUUUGAAAGGAUCUGAGUAUUCUUGGGUUGGUUCGAUCUACUAUGGAACGUUUCUUAUCUCGGCUUACCCGCACAGUCGUAUGAUGCAAAUUUUUUCCGAAAGCAAGUAUGUUUCUUUCUUUGGUAUGUUGUGGGGUGCAACUUUGAUGUGCAUGGCUGCGUGCCAUUCUUUUGGUGGUUUGAUGACGGUACGAGCCCUUAUGGGAGUACUUGAAUCUCCCACUGUAACUGGGUUAGUGUUGAUAACAGGAAAGUGGUACCGGAAAUAUGAACAGAGUACUCGCAGUGGUAUGUGGUUCACAUCUGUUGGAUUUGCUUCUAUGCUUGGUUCAAUCCUAGCAUUUUCUGCUUAUCGGGGCCACCAAGAAACCAAUGUAACGUAUGCAUCGUGGAGAAUCUUGAGUCUUGGAAUCGGAAGCUCUACUGUCGUGUGGGGAGGUUGCAUGUUUCUUUUCAUGGCAGAGUCACCAAUCAAAGCGAAAUACUUUUCCGAUAGAGAAAGGAGAAUAGCCAUAGAGAGACUUCGUGAUAACCAGCAUGGGGUGGGGAGUCACGAAUUCAAGUGGGAUCAAUUUCGGGAGUGUCUUUUGGACGUGAGAACGUGGAUCUACUUUUUAUUCAUGGUUACCAGCCAAAUUCCUGUGGGAGGAAUCCAAGUUUUCGCUUCACAAAUGCUUGUUUCCUAUGGAUUUGGAACCGAUAUCACUUUGCUCGUUCAAACGCUUCCAUCUGGAUUUUUGCAAAUCAUUUGCGCUUUUGGAUUCGGCUGGAUCGGUGACAAAUACAGAAACAGAACCUUGGCAUUUUUCUUGUGUAUGCUCAUGUCAAUUUUCGGCAUGGGCUUGAUGGUAGGGUUGCAGAAUGUUGGCUCGUUGUAUAGGAAGGAGGUCCAGCUCGUGGCAUAUAUCAUCUUGAUGGGUUCAAGUGCUACACCAUUUGCACUUAUAUCAGCUAUAUCGGCCUCCAAUGUGGUGGGACACACCAAGAAAACCACCACUAAUGGAAUAAUCUUUACAGGAUUGGCAGUGGCUUACUUCAUUGGUCCCCAAGUUUUUGACGAUGGACCCAAGUACUUGAGAGCCAAAGUAGUGGCUUUGAUCUUAUGGGUAAUCACGGUGAUUUUAUUGGGUUCUUACUUUGUGCUCAACAAGUGGGAGAAUAAAAGACGGGACAAGAAACAGCUUGAGUCACCAAUGGAAAAACCAGAUAACAUUGAAUUUAUGGAUUUGACCGAUAAGCAGAAUCCGUUCUUUAGGUACGUUUACUAG